ACAUACACUGUAGGCAACACACACACACACACACACACACACAGAUGCCCAGACUGUUGGGUUUACAGCAUAUGUCAGUGUGUUUUAUGGUUGAGCCAUGUUUAAUUAUUUACUCACAGUCUCUCUCAGGCCACGGCGGUGUCGAUUACCAACCACACUCAGCUGCCUCCUCUCAUCAACUCCACGUCGAGUCCGAUACGAUCGACUCUCUCUCUCCCUCUCUCUCUCUCAGAGGCUGCGGUGCGUUCGCUGGAUGGUUAAAGACCCGCAGACGCUGAAGGUGUCGUUGACGGUUGCACUGUUUUGGGUAGAAACGAUGUCGAGGAUGAAUAGUGAUCAGCUGUAUCGCUCCACCCUGGGGAUUUACUCGAACUUGAUGGAUGAGUUCAACCCAAGCCUACAGAAACUGGUUUCACUGGGAAACAGCUAUAUCCAAGCUUUCAAGGCUCUUACUGUAACGAGUGAGGCCUACUUCAGUGCACUUUCAAAAAUCGGAGAAACGGCUUUCCACACCGUGUCCUCGCGCUCCCUAGGAGACGUCCUGAUCCAGAUCUCUGAGAGCCAGAGGAGACUCACCAUGGAGCUGGAUGGAGUGUUCCGCUGGUUCAGCGUGGAGGUUCUUCAGGAGAUGGACAACAACAUUAGACUCGACAAAGAUUACAUAUCAGGCAGCAGGAAUCACUACGAGGUGGAAGUCCACAACCAGGCAGCAGCUCUGGAGAGACACCUGAGGAGAGGAAACAACCAGGACUGCAGUCAGUAUGUGCAGUUCCUCAGGGAGAGCCAUGGAGAGGCUCUGAAGGAGGAGGAGAGGAGAUAUCGCUUCCUGGCUGAGAAACACUGUGGACUGAUACAGACCGUCGCCCGCCUCAUGAAUAAGACGGGGGAUUCUCUCCAGCAGAGAGCUGAUGUCUGGACAACGGAGGUGAACGUCACCAGACAACCUGAAGCCAGAGGUCCCGCCCCUCUGGACAACACUGCGGGGAUAAAGAGGGAGGAGAUUCGAAAGAGCAGAGAGGAACCGCCCCUCGGGAAAAUACCAUCAAGGGCCCCGUCUCCCCAGGGAAGCAUGUUUCGCUCUGCUGUAGACUCGGCGGGAGGUGGCGGUGGAGGAAGAUCCACGAGGGCCCUGGUUGCCCACCAACCUGCCGGCUCCAGCCCCACCCUGCUGCCCUUCACCAGGGGAGAGACGAUCACCGUGCUGGUCCACCAGCCCAGGAACGGCUGGCUGUACGGCCGAGCCGACAGCAGCUCGCGUCAGGGAUGGUUUCCCGCCUCAUACGUGGAGCCAGUGGACGAACCUCCGAGGUCGAGCAGCUCCAGUUUCAGCAGCUCGUCCCUGCGAGGCAGCAGCAGCUCCAGCAACCUGUUCAGCCAAAUGGGAAGCAGCAGCCUGAGCGGCGCCGGAUCCCCUCCCCCUCCACCGCCGCCGCCGCCACCGUCAUCUUCUCUGUCUUCAAAUAAACACUCUGAGAUGCCGCCGCUCACACCCACCCCCGACAGACGGGUCGAGUCUACCUCGGAAAACAAGAGAUCACAACCACACGGAUCCCAACCGGAGCUCUUCCCGAGGGGCACCAACCCGUUCGCGACCGUGAAGCUGAAGCCCACGUCCACCGAUGACAGAUCGGCCCCGCGUCUCUAUCGCAGAUGACGUCUUAACCCGGAAAACAGUUCGUCCUUGACCUCGGCUGCACAUCUGGUCAAAAGCUGAGUAAGUGGACCUUUAAAGGAGGUGGUUUUUGUCGGUAAAUACUGUGACACAGAGUGUGACUGCACAGAUUCACACGAAAUAAGAAAGAGGAAAUACAUUCGAAUCACAACGACCGACGUUCACUAUCACCCUCUCCUCGCUUGUCUAUCUCCUGGUUCUCUGCUCUUUGAUUUGUAAAAUACUGAGAACGAAUGAUUGUGUUGAUGUAACUCUGAUCUUAACCUGGUCUUAAAUCAUCUUUCCUCCUCUGACAUGUUUGAUUGUCGGCACUGAGAUACUGUCAGCUGAAGAGACGACGUGCAAUGACUUGAAUAUUGCACAUGGGCCAGUAAGUGAUGAUGAGAUGUGAAGAGUCAGUGCUAAGAACCUGUUGAUGUGUAUGUAAGAAGUGUCAGGUAUUGCUCAGGGACGGAUGCUUUAAUGAUCUUUUCUAUCUUUUAUAUUUUUGUAUUGCCGUGUGAAUUAAGCUGAUUGCUAAAUAUUAAUUGCAUUAUGAAUGUACUUUGGAAAAAAGGGCUUGUAGAGAAUGAUAAUGUAACCUCUGGCAGCUAAUGUACUAUCUUAUAAAAAUAGGAUAAUAUGUCCGAGGCUGAGAUGUAAUGAAAAAUGCAAUGCAUUCAUGGAUUAUGUAAUACCGUCUCCAUAGCAUCAUAUAAUUACUCUAACCAAUGUGUUAAAGCUGCAGGUGGCAUCUUUUUACAGAUGGUGUGAUGUUAAUCUUGUUCUAUAAUGUAUAUCAAAAUGUAAGUUAUUACAUAAUAAAAAUACUUGUGAUACAUCAUCA